AAAUCAAUAUACACGGUGCUUCUUGGAGAGAAAAUCAAUUUUCUAGAUGGAAGCUGUUUUAUUUAUUUUAAAAGCAUAAAAAAUAUGGAUGGAAUACGCCUUUCUCAACGUUCUUUGUUAAUGGAAGACAUGUCUGUCAGUAUGAGAACUAAGGACGGAAUACGUCUUUCAGAAUGUUCAGCGCUGCUGUUAGCAAUAUUUUGUGUCGUGUCGCUGUGUGGGACAGCUGUCGCCUUCUACUAUAUUGGAACACAACGGGAGGAGAUUUUUGAAACUCCAGCCGUUGUACACAAUGAAUCAAAUAUCGGCAGUAUCCUAGGCAGUGCAGAUGAAGGUGGCCGUCUCCCAAGGCAUAUCGAACCGUUAUUAUAUAAAAUAGAACUAUUUCCUAAUAUCUACGGAUUAAAUGCUUCAGAUUUCACUUUCAGUGGCAGUGUCUGGAUCAAAUUCAAAUGCAUCGUGAGGAGUCAAAAUAUUACUCUAAAUAUCAACAAACUUGAUUUGAUCAACUCUUCUAUGACCGCUGGGUCGUUGCGACCGAAUGAUAAGUUUUACAGAGGAAUUGAGAUUCUUAGCUACGAUGUCGACACAAAAUGGCAGUUUUUGAUUAUACAUUUAGAGAAAAUCUUGAUUCCGUAUAAAGAGUAUUACGUCAGUAUGAAUUUUACAGGACUACUACGAAACGAUUUUGCUGGCAUGUACCUCAGUACGUUCCCAUAUAGAACAACAAAUCAGUACGUAGCCGCGACACAAUUUUCGCCAACAGAUGCUCGGAAAGCGUUCCCGUGUCUUGAUGAACCUGACCGCAAAGCCCAGUUUGAAAUAACAUUGGUCAGGCGAAAGGACAUGGUCAGUAUAUCAAACAUGCCUUUACUAACUACAGAAUCAAGAGGCUUAAACUUUGUUGCAGAUGUCUACCAGAGGACCCCUAAGAUGCCGACGUAUCUCACCGCAAUGGCGGUUGGUGACCUUGUUUCAAUAACCCGACCAGCUAGGCCUGGUCUUUAUUACACUUCAUGGUCCGGAAAAGAGACGAUAAAUAAAACUGAACAUGCGUUGCAAUUUGGUGCUAAAAUUUUAUCCUUUUUUGAAAAUUAUUUUGGAAUACCUUUUCCAUUGCCAAAACAGGACAUUCUGGCGGUCCCAGAAACGUCAGUUGGUGCCAUGGAAAAUUGGGGGCUGAUCAUAUUUAAUCAGGAUAGGAUAUUUUACGAAGAGGGCAAAUACAGUAUAAGUAACCUCAUGCAAUCGUCAAUAACUAUCUCACAUGAGCUUGCUCACCAGUGGUUUGGAAACCUUGUUACAAUGGACUGGUGGAGCGAUUUGUUCCUUAAGGAGGGGUUUGCCGUAUAUUUUGCAGACGUGGGUAUAGCUAACGUAUAUCCCGAAUGGAAUUUCAUGAAUCAUUUCGCCGUAAGAAAUAUGCAUAGCGUUUUCGAUGCCGAUGGCUUAGUUUCGUCACAUCCGGUAUACAAGAAACUUGCAGACACUACGGAAAUAAGACAGGUCUUUGAUUCUAUUUCCUACACUAAAGGUGGCUGCAUGAUCAGGAUGCUCAAUUUUAUUCUUGGCGAUGCCGAUUUCCAAACCGGUUUGAAAAAAUAUCUUGAAAACUACAAAUAUUCCAGUGUUGGUCACGCUGAUCUUUGGAAAGCUGUUGAGCCUAAACCUUUGACAUAUUUCCACCCUCCUGGAGUACGUCAAGUUAUGGACACAUGGAUUUUACAGAAAAACUACCCAGUUAUAACAAUACGGCAAGUGAGACCGGGUGUACUAAAUAUCACCCAAGAGCGUUUUCUAAAUAACCCAAGCGAAGCAAUGAAUGACACUGAAAUUUCGCCUUACAAUUACAUAUGGAAGAUUCCACUGACGUACACAUCGAACAAGAAUAGUUCUUUUUCAGUGACGUACAAGAAUAUUAUCUGGAUGGAAGAAAAAGUGCUACUGAUUGUUGACCGACAGCUUGUAGACUUGUCGUUGCCUGGCAAUUGGAUUAUUGCAAAUUUAAAACAAUGGGGGUAUUACAGGGUGAAUUACGAAGAAAACAUCUGGAAAAGUUUGAUACAUCAGUUAAAAGACAACAAGACAAAAAUAGAUUUGGUGAACAGAGCUCAAAUUAUAAAUGAUCUUUUCAGUUUAAGCAAGGCAAAAAUUGUUGAAUUAAAAUUAGCCUUAUCAGUUUUCGAAUACCUCAGGUUCGAGGAUGAAUAUGUGCCGUGGCUGGCAGCUAUAACUGAAAUGAGUUAUAUUAAUAAUCUAAUUCGUAACAUCAACGCAUAUGCAACAUUCAGAGACGUCAUGAAUCAUUUCAUGACAACUAUUUUUAGAAACCUAGAAAUAAAUAAACAGACUCUUACGAUGGAACAAAAUUUGCUAAGAUCUUCAAUAUUUUCUCAAGCCGGUGCCUUAGAAAUGAGUAUUAUUAUUCAGCAGUCAAAGAAAGAUUUUACGCUCUGGAAAAAUGAAAAUGUUUUACUAGAUGAGAAUAUAAGGUCAACCGUUCUAUGUUCCGCAUUACAAGGAGGUACUGAAUCUGACUGGAUUUAUGUGCUACGGAAGUAUAACACUACGCUUAAUACAAAUGAAAAAUAUGCCUAUCUUAGUGCGUUAGCUUGUACAAGGAAUGAGGUUUUACAGUACCGACUUCUGAAUCUAACUUGGGACCAAAACACGAUUCAAGCCCGUGAUAUUGGGACAACAUUGACAUGGUUGGCACGAAAUCCAACCGCUGUUGAUAAAGUUUGGGCACACGUGAAAAACAGCUGGCAACGAUUCUUGGAUACAUUUGCUGGAAGUUUAUUUCUUCUGAGUUCAUUGGUCAGUGGAGUAACUAGACCGUUCACAACUGCUGGACAACUCCGAGAACUGGAACAGUUUAUUGCUGUUACACCUAACUUAGGGCCUGCUGAACAGGCGUUUAAACAGGCUGUAGAAGCAACGAAAUCUAAUAUGCUCUGGCUUACAGAACAUCAGACAACGGUGGAACUAUGGCUUGCAGAUAUGGCGAGAAAAUAUGGACUUGCACCAGGAUAUCCUACACGACGACAAUAAACUAUUAUUUUGUGGCGUUCUACGAGAUAGUCAAUGUUUAAGUUGAAAAUUGUGAUCCACUAUAACUAAAACUUAUUUACUAACAAUGAAUUGCACACGUUCGUGAAGUUGACUCCGGAGACUAAUGAUAUGUUUUCUUAUUGGAUAGACAUGCAAUUGAAACGAAGGAGUAUUUGUUACUAUAAUCAUAAUGAAUACAUACAAGGCAGUCCAAAAAUGUGUCUCUAGUUACCGUCCCUGACGCUUCAAACAAAAGGUAACACAAGAAAACGUGCCAUUUUAGGGAAUACUUUCCUGGCAAUACUGGACAUCAGGACGGACGAGUAACUAGAUAUACCAUACAGUGGAAUAUAAGUGUUGCUUUAUGUUUUAUAUUUAAUAUGGUGUAUGUGGUAUAUACUAACAAAGUUAACCAGCGAAUCUAUUAUCUGCUGAAUACACAUUUUUAAAUUAUUUUUUAAAGUUAUAUAUGUAUACUGAAAUUUGUAUAAAUACCUUUUUCAUUGGAAUUUAUAUUUCAUUAUCAUUAAUAUAGAAUGCGAAAUUCAAGGUGACAUUCAGGAAGACUAUUUUUGAUGUAUCUGAAUUCACAUAAUUCAUUGAGCCUUUAAACAUACUUUUAUUAGAAUAAUCGCCAAGUAAAAUACAUAAAGCAAACAAAACAAUACAAUUUUUUUUUCACAUUAUGAAUACAUAUGAGCCGUGCCAUGACAAAACAAACAUAGUGGGUUUGCGACCAGCAUGGAUCCAGACCAGCCUGCGCAUCCGCGCAGUCUGGUCAGGAUCCAUACUGUUCGCUUUCAAAGCCUAUUGCAAUUAGAGAAACUGUUAGCGAACAGCAUGGAUCCUGACCAGACUGCGCGGAUGCGCAGGCUGGUCUGGAUCCAUGCUGGUCGCAAACCCACUAUGUUGGUUUUCCCAUGGCGCGGCACAAUUAUUGUGAGGCCAUGGCAUGGGCCAAUUUGAUUUAAACCGUUAAGAAAAACACGCAAAGUUCUAGGUAAAAUGAAUUUGUGAUUUUUCAUUUUCAUUUAUGAUUUACUAGACACACAUGAAAAUCGUUAGCCACUUUGUGCUUCAGUAUGAUACAGAAACAAAUACGCAUUCUUAUAAAAGCAGCAUGCCUCCAGAUCGUUCGACAACAAAAACAACAACAAAA